GUGGGCAUAAUGGCUACCAAGCAUUCACUCAUGUCUCUCUUUCACCGAAAUGCAGAGAGUGAGCAUAACCCAUUAAACAUGUCUGAUGAGCAGAUAUUGGAGCAAAUUUACUCUACCCAUGUCCACAGUCACACGAAGUUUGAUGUAGACUCUCUUUUCAUCCUUGUUGAGAACACCCUUAGGCGUUCAACACACAUUGUUGACAAUGUUGUGCAGGGUUCCAACGUAAGCCUGGAGCAGGUAGAUGACAACAUCCCAAACAAUUUCAACUCACCACUCUGUACCCUGAAGCAAAUUUCUUUUGAGAUGUCAUGCAAGCCUCCAGGUGAGGAAAUUGCUCACAAAACUACAAUAGGCAUUCUUAACAAACUCUCGAACUAUGAGUGGGAUGCAAAGGCAGUGUUGACACUUGGGGCAUUUGCGGUGGAAUACAGUGAAUUCUGGCUGCUAACUCAGCAUCAACCAACAGACCCUCCUCUUGCAAAAUCUGUGGCUGUUCUGAAGAGAGUGCCAGUGCUGACAAGACCCGCAGCACUUCAAAAGCAUCGCCAACACAUCGUUGAGCUCAACAAUCUUGUCAGAACGACGUUGCAAGUGAUUGAGGUAAUAUUUGAGUUGGAGAAGCUUACCACUUAUGACACAAAGGAUGUACCUGCUUUGUUGCCUGCCAUAGAACAAAUUCCUGUUGAUGUCUACUGGGCUAUCAUCACUGUUGUGGCCAUUGUUACUCAGAUCGAUUGCCUCACUAAUGAAUCAGAGCACAAACAAGAACUAUCUCACUAUGGUCAAAAGAUCAACAUCAUACUUAGCAAACUCAGGAAGCGAAUCAUGCUCUGCAGACAACAGAUAGAAGAGGCAGAAUAUUAUAAGAGGCUGAGGAAAUUUUUUCAAACGCCUACUGAAAUCAUGGAGGUGUUCAAGUUUUUGAUUUUUUCCAAGGAUGCCCCACAACUACUGUUUGAUGGUGCUACUAAAACCACGGUUGAAAUCACUGAGCUGAAGAAGAAGCAUGUGUACCUGUUGAUUUCCUCUCUAGACAUCACUGAGGAAGAAAUUUUAGUGCUCCGACCAGUCUAUGAAUACAUUAAAACUAAUGAUCAGUAUAAGAUUGUGUGGAUUCCCAUUGUGGAGGAAUGGAGCGACAAGUUGUGCAAGAAAUUUGAGGCUAUAAAAAGCAAAAUGCCUUGGUAUACGGUGCAACAUUUUGGAACUAUAGCAGGGUACAAGUACAUUAAGGAGGAAUGGCACUUCAGAAAGAAGCCAAUGGUAGUAGUGUUGAAUCCUCUUGGGAAAGUUCAACACACAAACGCAUUCCAUUUGAUUCAUGCUCAUGGGAUGAAGGCCUUUCCCUUUACUAUUUUGGAUCAAGAGAGAAUUGACAGAGAAAUUCACUGGGUUGGUUCCGUGGUAGGGAAUAUUCACCCCAACGUAAGCACCUGGAUCAAAGAGCAAAAGUACAUUUUCAUCUAUGGAGGCAAAGACAAAGAGUGGAUCCAACAGUUCACAAAAUUUGCAACUGCCCUUGCAAGUGAUAGCACUAUAAAGGAGGCAAUGAUUUCCAUAGAGUUGUUCUGUGUGGAAAAGGAAGAUAAAAGCUUCCUAAGGCGCUUUUGGAGUGGCGUUGAGAGCUUGUUUGUGACCAAGGCUCACAACACUGUUGACGCAGUGACUCAAGAAGUGCAAAAGAUGCUUUCUUACAAGAAUGAAACUGGAUGGGCUCUCCUGUGCAAAGGGUCAUCUGUGGUGGAGUGUGGUCAUGGAACCACAAUCUUGAAGACAGUGGUGGAGUUUGAGAAAUGGAAAGAGGUUGUGAUGAAAAAGGGUUUCGAGUUCUCCUUCAAAGAGCACCAUGAGAGGAUUGCACGCACCACUCAUCGUUGCUCACACAUUGAAAUUCCUAAUGUUGCAGGAAAGUUACCUGAGACCAUAAAAUGCCCUGAGUGUCCCAGGACAAUGGAGAUUUUCAUCUGCUAUAAAUGCUGCCACAAUGAUAAUACUGCAAUUUCCAUAAACUAG